AUGAUUGUGUUUUUAUGGCAUCAAAUAAACCGUUGCGAUGCGGCAACAGCAAUGGACCUGCUCAAUACCUUCCGACCGUUUGACUUCAUGUUUACCAGUUUGCGCGAUCUGGAUCUCUACUCAAUGCAGGAUUUGUGUAACGUGCGAUCGGGACGGUUGGAACAACAACUUCUGCAUGCGAUCAAUAAUAUUGCCUUGGCACAUGUGCAUUCGUGUACUGCAUGCCGCAGUCGCGCAUUGAUUUGUAGCUACUGCGACAAUCCACAGAAACCGAUCUGGCCCCAUGAAUUUACCACAUACAAGUGGUGUGCCACACCAGGGUGUCCUGAAGCUAUACACGUCAAAUGUCUCGCUGCUGAACACGAUGAUCCCAAUAGCAAUCAAAUGUCUUCUAUUAUCUGCCCUGUUCGUCGGCUUUCCUCGACUAAUUUGACUCCAAUGGAAUCAUGGAAGCCUCGAUGCUCUGUUUGCGCGGUUCAUUCGCAUAAUCUGGGCACACGAAAGAUUGGGCAUUACGCUGAUCCAUUCUUGUUAACCACCUGUCAGUUAGUUAAUGAAAACCAGUGA